CCAUUCCAUCAACUCCAAUAAUAUCUCCAGCACCUUCUUCUGCAGCUCCAAUGGCUGCUGCUGCUUCUUCUUCCUUUGCUCUGUUACCUGCAUUCAGAGGCCCCGAAUUAUGCAAUCCCAGACCCCUAAUCUCUCUAUCGAAACCCCUAAACUUUCCAAUUGCCUUUUCAUCGCCAUCUCAAUAUAGACAGAACAGAACUCCGCGAAUCGUGUGUUCGGUUUCGAUCUCUAGUCCGGAAGUUCAAACCGGGCGACCCGAUGAUCUUGUUGAUUCUAUUCUGUCCAAGGUAACGCAAACAGAUGGAGGAGUUUCGCUGACUAAAGAAGAGCACGAAGAGGUAUCUGCAGUUGCUCAGCAAUUGCAGAAUUAUUGUGUGGCUGAACCGGUGAGAUGUCCUCUUAUCUUUGGAGAGUGGGAUGUGGUGUACUGUUCGAGACCAACUUCACCUUGGGGUGGGUAUAGGAGUGCAUUGGGCCGUCUUGUAUUUAGAACCAAGGAAAUGAUUCAGGCGGUUGAAGCUCCUGACACUAUAAGGAAUAAGGUGUCCUUUUCUCUUUUGGGUUUCCUUGAUGGAGAGGUCUCUCUCAAAGGUAAGUUGAAGGUUUUGGAUGAGAGUUGGAUCCAAGUUAUAUUUGAGGCACCUCAACUGAAGGUUGGAGCACUAGAGUUUCAGUAUGGCGGUCAAAGUGAGGUUAAGCUGCAGAUAACAUACAUCGACGAGAAGAUUAGGUUAGGAAAAGGCUCUAGAGGUUCUUUAUUUGUUUUUCAAAGACGUAGAUAAGACUCUGUGAAGUGUUCAUGUAUGAACAUUCCUUCUUUGUAAGCUAUUCCUGUUGUGGGAGAAAUAUUGAGCAUCUUUCUAUAGUGAUGAGCUUACUUCAUGGUCACUAUGGAAAACUUAUUUUAACGUCUUGAUGUGAUGAAUUAAAUAACACUACAGUGAUUUCUUUUUCC